CAAAAUGCCCUUAGGUCUGUGAUAUAUAAUCACUUGGCUAGGGUUUAGCAACCCUCCAUUCUUCCCAAAGCUCGAAGAACGCGGCCGAUACGAGAGGCACAUAGGAGUCGUCAAGUCUCGAGGGUACUGUUCUCUGAGCUUCCGGAACAACCAUGGCAAGAGGUUUGAAGAAGCAUUUGAAGAGGCUCAAUGCCCCAAAACAUUGGAUGCUUGACAAGCUUGGUGGUGCAUUUGCACCUAAGCCAUCAUCUGGUCCUCAUAAAUCGAGGGAAUGCCUGCCCUUGAUUCUUAUCCUGCGUAACAGGCUGAAAUAUGCUCUCACAUACCGUGAAGUCAUUUCAAUCUUGAUGCAACGUCAUAUUCUUGUUGAUGGGAAGGUUAGGACAGAUAAGACCUACCCUUCUGGUUUCAUGGAUGUUGUAUCUAUUCCCAAGACAAACGAGAAUUUCCGUCUCCUUUAUGAUACAAAGGGUCGAUUCCGUCUCCAUUCCAUCAGAGAUGAAGAGGCCAAGUUCAAGCUUUGCAAAGUUCGCUCUGUUCAGUUUGGGCAGAAAGGUAUCCCAUACAUCAACACUUAUGAUGGGCGGACUAUUCGCUACCCUGACCCCCUUAUCAAGGCCAAUGAUACCAUCAAACUUGACCUAGAGACAAACAAGAUCACUGAUUUCAUAAAGUUUGAUGUUGGGAAUGUUGUCAUGGUGACUGGAGGAAGGAAUAGGGGCCGUGUUGGUGUCAUCAAGAACAGGGAGAAGCAUAAGGGAAACUUUGACACCAUUCACGUUCAGGAUGCCACUGGUCAUGAGUUUGCUACUCGAAUGGGCAAUGUGUUCACCAUUGGAAAAGGUACAAAGCCGUGGGUUUCUCUUCCCAAGGGCAAGGGUAUCAAAUUGUCUAUCAUUGAGGAGGCUAGAAAGAGGCUUGCUGCCCAAGCAGGUGCAGCUGCUUAAAUUUUAUGAAUCAAGAGUUGUUGCAGCCCGGAUUGUGAUAGAAAACUUAUGUUUUGUUCUUUUUAUUUCUUAGUUACAGUAUUGAACUAAAUUUUGUUGCUGCGAAUUUUGUUGAGACUUUGUUGGGUGAUUUAGAAAUUGAAGAAUGUUGGUCAUUUUCCAUAUUUCCAGAGAUGAUUUAUUUGUUGUGUCUC